CGGAAGUCAUUGAACCGACAGCAACGACAUUUCCGCCUGUCUUGUUUUGGUGGCUGUAAAAGUAGGGGUGGAUAAAACAAAAGAUCGACCUGAUGUUUUAAGACAAUGAGCGACGAGCACUACUUGGAGCUUUGCGACAAUUUGGUCCACUUUGAAAACGCUUCGAGCGUCAACAAUGUUUUCUUCGACGAAGCCAAUAAACAGGUGUUCGCGGUGCGUUCCGGGGGCGCCACGGGGGUGGUCGUCAAAGGUCCGGACGACAAGAGUUCGGUUGCCUUCAGAAUGGAGGACAAAGGAGAAGUCAAGUGCAUCAAAUUCUCCAUUGGGAACAAAAUUCUUGCCGUGCAGAGAACGUCAAAGUCCGUGGACUUCAUCAACUUCAUCCCCGACUACCCGCACACGGAGUUCACGCACGAGUGCAAGAUGAAGAACGCCGACCUCCUGGGGUUCUGCUGGACCACCUGGAACGAGAUCGUCUUUGUCAGCGACCAGGGCAUCGAGUUCUACCAGGUGUUUCCCGACAAGCGCGCUCUCAAAUUGCUCAAGAGUCACAGCCUCAACGUCAACUGGUACCAAUACUGCCCCGAGACCGCCGUCAUGCUGCUGUCCACCACCGUGCAGGCCAACGUCCUGCAGCCCUUCGCCUUCCGGGGCGGGAGCGUCGCCAAGAUGUCCAAAUUUGAGAUCGAGCUGCCCGUUGUCCCAAAACCAGCCAAACUCAGCCUAUCCGAGAGGGAUGUCGCCAUGGCGACCAUUUACGGUCAGUUGUACGUGAUGUACCUGAAGCAUCACUCCAGGAGCGCCAACAGUCCCGGUGCCGAGGUGGCGCUCUACCACUUGCCGAGGGAGGGCGCGUGUAAGAAGACCCACGUGCUGAAAUUGAACACAACCGGCAAAUUUGCUCUUAACAUCGUCGACAACCUGGUGGUGGUCCAUCAUCAGAGCUCUCAGACGUCGCUGAUGUUCGACAUCAAGUUGAAGGAGUCGGACGGCGCCGUCAGCACGCAUCAGCCUGUGCUUCCCGCUCGCUCCAUACAGCCAUGCCACAUCCCGCACGCAGGUCCGGCCGUGGUUCCCUCGCAACUUCCUGUCCCGUGUCAACUGUACUCGUCUUCCUGGGGCGUCUUCCAGCCUGACAUCAUCAUCAGCGCCAGCGAAGGUUACCUGUGGCAUCUUCGCGUCAAGUUAAGUCCGACAGUCAACAUGCUCCAGGACAAAAGCAAACUGAUGGACUUCCUGUUACGACGCAACGACUGCAAGAUGGUCAUCCUGUCUGUCUGCUCGCAGCUGGUGGAAGGCGAGCGGCGAGCAAGUCUUCCCGUGGUGGCGAGCGUCUUUGACAAACUCAAUCAGGUGUACAAGGACUUCCUGGAGGCGGAGCAAAGCUACAGUGCGGCCGUGGAGGCGGGGCCGGCGCGAGGCGGAGUUCCUCACAAGCGACCAAUCAGAAGCCAGGCGGUCAUCGACCAGUCGGACAUGUACACGCACGUCUUGUCGGCGUUCACCGAGAGGAAGGGCGCCUCCCACAAGUUGACCAUCGCCGUGCUGAUGGAGUACAUUCGCUCGCUCAACCACUUCCAGAUCGGCGUGCAGCACUACUUGUACGAGCUGGUGAUCAAGACGCUGGUGCAGCACAACCUCUUCUACAUGUUGCAUCAGUUCCUGCAGUACCACGUCCUCACCGACUCCAAGCCGCUUGCCUGUUUGCUCCUGUCCCUGGAGAGCACGUACCCCCCCGCCCAUCAGCUGUCCCUGGACAUGUUGAAGCGUCUGUCGACGGCCAACGACGAGAUUGUGGAGGUUCUGCUGUCCAAGCAGCAGGUCCUGGGCGCGCUCAGAUUCAUCCGCAGCGUCGGCGCCUACGACAACAUGUCCGCCCGCAAGUUUCUGGACGCGGCUCGACAGACGGGAGACGACAUGUUGUUCUUCACCAUCUUCAGGUCCUUCCAGCAGAGGAACCAGCGCCUCAGGGGGAACCCGGCGUUCAACCCGGGCGAGCACUGCGAGGAGCACGUGCUUCACUUCACGCACGUGUUUGGUCAGCAGGCGCUGAUGAGAGCGGCCACCACCUGAACGCCAUCAGCACGACGUCCGGCCACCUCAUUUGCUUUGCUCAUUUGCUUUGCUGUGUGUGUGUGUGUACGUUCUUGGUUCGAGGCAUCCGGGUCGGAUGCGCGGCCGUCGUCCAAGUCAACGUGAAAUAAACCAUCCAUGUCAACGGUCCUUCAAAUGAGUGACUGCAAUCUGCUUCCCGUUUCAAUGCGGGAUCCGCAAAAAACGUGGACAGCAAGAGGCGUUUUCAAACUUUAUUUUUGUACUUUCAUUGACGACUUUGUCCACUUGUUGAGUGUGUGUGUUCACAGUCAAGUGCUGGUGUGAUUGAUUGAUUGAUUGACAGUCGACAUGAACUCAGAAAUCAUCAAAAUUUGCAUCUCAGGAAGCAAAACAAAAACAGUUUGAGAAGAACCCUGAGCGCAACAUCAUCUUUUAUUUAUGACGUGUGUGUGUGUGUGUGUGUGUGUGUGUGUGUACAGAAAUCAUCAAGCACAUUUGAUUAAACAUGCAAAAAAAAACAACACUAUCCUAAGUCACCCAGAAGAAGCGAAAAAAAAUAUCAAAUAAUAAUAAUAAUUUUCAUGUUCACAGUUUAACAGCAAGAACAAAAGAUUUGAUGAUUAAAGCUUUUUUUUUUCUCUC